AUGAGCAAAAAACAAGAGUCCACAAAUGUGUUUGUCGAUGUUGAGAAAGGCUCAAUCGAAUCUGCUGCAGUUCCUUUCAGCAAAGGGUUCAACUCAGAAAUCCCCGACAUCGAAGCUUACGGACAAACACAACGGAAAAUUACUCCAAGACAUGUGAGUUUGAUGAUUAUUGGACAAUCGAUAGGAAGUGGUUUAUUUGUUGGAGUGAGAUCUCCUUUGCAUACAAGUGGAUCCUUGUCUUUCUUUUUGUCGUUUGCUGUGUGGGCAGUAUUGGUGAUUUAUCCAUUGAUGCAAGUUGUGGGGGUUAUGUGCGCCUACCUACCCAUCAAGGGUUCGUUUAUACACUUUAGUGCCAGAUAUGUUGAUCCAGCACUUGGGUUUGCUGCAAGCAUCAUAUACAUCUACACUACAAUGAUGUUUGUAUGCCUUGAGGCAACCGCCGUUGCCCAAGUGAUAGGUUACUGGACAGAUAUCAACCCAGGGGUAUGGAUAAGCAUUUGCAUUGUUGUUUAUCUCUGCAUUGGAUUCGUUGGAGCCAAUAUUUAUGGAGAAGUUGAGUUUUUUGCAUCGAUAUUGAAGGUGAUUUUGAUAUUGGGAUUGAUGCUUUUCUCACUCAUAUCCAUGUGUGGUGGUAAUCCUCAUCAUAACGCAUAUGGUUUCCAGCACUGGAAUGAAGGUGGAUUGUUUAGAGAGUACUUGGUGGGCGGAAGCACCGGGAAGUUUUUGGGGUGGUGGAAUGCUUUGUUAUGGGCAGCUUUUGCUGCAGGGGGUCCUGAUAAUUUGGCAUUGUUGGCUGGGGAGGUACACAGGCCAAGGAAAACCAUUGCUUCCGCGGCAAAGAGAACGUAUCUUCGUAUUUACCUAUUCUACAUUGGUGGCAUAUUCUUUUUAAACUGUUUGAUUUCAUCCAUCAAUCCAAAACUUGUUGAGCUGUUGACUUCUGGUGCACAAUCAUCGGCCGGAUCGCCGUGGGUAAUUGGCAUUGAACAAGUUGGAGUGAAAGGAUUGGCAUCAGUUAUCAAUGCUGCAAUUUUGAGCUCGGCGUUUUCUUGUGGGAAUGCCUUCUUUUAUUGCUCAACACGGUCAAUUUAUAGCGCUGCAUUGGCGGGUUACGUACCGAAAUUUUUUGCCAAAUGCAUGCCAAAUGGUUCGCCAAUAUAUUGUGUUGCAGCAACAUUUGCUGUUUCAUUAUUGGCACUCUUGAACGUGAACCAAGCUUCAAGUAAUGUUUUCAAUUGGUUUGUGAAUUUGGCAACAACAGGUUUGUUGCUAGCAUACAUUUGUAUGUGGUGGUUCUACAUCGGAUUUAGAAGAGCCUGGGAGAGACAACAUGGUACCACAAUGAAGUCGCGUUCAUACCCGUACUACUUGAUGGCAGGAUGGAUGCAUCCGAUAAUAACCUACGUUGGGUUUGCACUAACUGUUUUGGUUCUAUUUUUCAAUGGAUUUUGGAUCUUCUUCCCCCAUCAAUUUUCAGUGGCUAAUUUAUUCACCAGCUACUUUGCCCCGGUAUUUUUCAUUUGCUUGUUUGUGUUUUGGAAGUUGUUGAAGAGGACGAGAUUUGUGCGUGCCGAGGAUGCCGAUAUCACAUCAGGCAAACAAGAGAUUGAUGAUGAGGAGGAAGCGGAGGAUAUAGAAUACGAGCAAAAACAGGCUCAAUACGAUGGGGCUAAUUGGUAUGUGAAAUUGUGGAGGAGUAUAUAUAGCUUCUGCUUUACCUGA